GGAAGCCCACUGGACCACUCCGACCACUCGGAAUCUCUUCCUGUGUGGACGAGGUCCCGCCGAUUCCGUCGCUGAGAAGAGCAUCAUCUCACGCUCAUCGCCAGCCCAUGCAUCCUACAUCGCCUAUUCGUGAUGCCCGCGUCUGUUGUCGGCCGCUUAACCACUAAGACAAGUCCCCCGUCCAGAAAACAGGCGCAAGCGCUCGCCUCCCCCACACCAUGGAUACAUCCAGAGUCGAGACACUGUCCUCCUCUGCCCCGACAGAUUGCGCCCCAAGGUACCCGUGGAUGGCGCCCCCGGGUGUUGUGCUUGCCAUACCGUUCUCACAAACUGCCACUUUACACUGUUGAACUGGUGACCGAGUCCAUUCUCCUCUCCCCAAUCGACCAUGGUUCUUCUUGGGACGGGAGUCGACCAGCCAUUAAUUCCCUACGGACUGGCUACCGAACCUAUGCGGCAUGGCACGCUCUUGACAGGGCAGUCAAGUCUCGGGUCUUCUUGGCCAGACCCUUCCCGCACAGCGGAGACCGAUGGAUGAGCACACAGCUUCUGUUGCUAGACCCAACAGAGUGUGUCCCUCGCAAGCUCGCACCAACCAUCCGGCCAGGGAGUCAAGAGGAGUGCCGUGAGCUGCUGUGUGACUGGUCACCCAGCCCUGUUGGCGGGGUACUCCAAAGCCCCCAAGGUAUUAUUGUACAGCUACAAGCCUUCAGCUACCCAGCCAAUGUCACUCCAGUAACGGGGAUAUACCGCAGCCUCUACUUUUAUUAGAUCGACUGCGUUCCGCACCCUUGAUAGGUAGGUAUACUUCAGCCGUCAGAGAGGUAACACCUUACACUACUGCAUCGAGUUCUAUUUUCCCCUCCAAGGUCAUCAUCCAUACCUACGUAAUGCUAUUAUCCGAGUCCGUCAUCUCUCUACACUACACUUGUCUAUUCCGGGCGCUGUACACUAAAUCUUC